AGAAAUCUUCCUGACUGUAAACCGCGCCUGUCACUACACCGGUGACAAAAAUCAACAUGGAUUAUUGCUAUUUAAUGACAAAAUGUGCAUUUAUAUAUUUGCUUUUUUCCAUACCUCGUGCACACUGUGAUUAUGUUGAGACCAAAGCCGGCCAGUUCUUCAGCAGUGGCCACACCAACAACUGGGCAGUCCUGGUCUGCACAUCUAGAUUUUGGUUUAAUUACCGACAUGUGGCAAACACACUGUCUGUAUACAGGAGCGUAAAGAGACUGGGCAUUCCAGACAGUCACAUUGUGCUGAUGCUAGCCGAUGAUAUGGCCUGUAACUAUAGAAACCUCAAACCAGCCACUGUGUUCAGCCAUAAAAACAUGGAGCUCAAUGUUUAUGGAGACGAUGUGGAGGUGGAUUAUCGCGGUUAUGAGGUCACAGUAGAGAAUUUCCUGCGAGUCCUGACAGGACGGCUUCCCCCCAGCACCCCUCGAUCCAAACGGCUGUUGUCAGAUGAUCGCAGCAACAUUCUCAUCUACCUGACAGGUCAUGGUGGAAAUGGCUUCCUCAAGUUCCAAGAUUCAGAGGAGAUCAGCAACAUGGAGCUGGCUGAUGCCUUUGAGCAGAUGUGGCAGAAGAGGAGGUACAACGAGCUGCUGUUCAUUAUAGACACCUGCCAGGGGGCCUCCAUGUAUGAGAGGUUUUACUCGCCCAACCUCAUGGCCCUGGCCAGCAGCCAAGUGGGGGAGGACUCCCUCUCACAUCAGCCAGACUUGGCUAUAGGGGUCCACUUGAUGGACAAGUACACCUUCUACUUACUAAAAUUCCUGGAGGAAGUCCAUCCUGCUAGCCAAGCCAACAUGAAUGAUCUGUUUAAGGUAUGCCCACAGAGUCAGUGUGUGUCCACACCAGGCCACCGUACUGACCUGUUCCAGAGAGAUCCAGGGAGCGUCCUCAUCACGGACUUCUUUGGGAGUGUCCGCAAAGUGGAGAUCACCAAGGAAACCAUCAAUCUGACAUCCCCUAUUGAGCAGCCAAUAGAGAGUUCUGCAAGCGGCGCUGUACAGAUCAAUUCAUUGAUGUAUGUGGACCAGCUACCAGUGGCUGAAAUUAUUCAUCAGAAACCAAAGCAGAAAGACUGGCACCCUCCUGAUGGCUUCAUUCUAGGAUUCUGGACCCUUAUCCUGCUAGUGUUCUUCAAGACCUAUGGCAUCAAACACCUCAAACACAUCUUCUGAUGGAAUUGACCCUCCCAGCACCAGAGGGUCAAAGAACCGACUGCCACAUUAGAGGCCUCCAUAUAGUCUCUCUCAUAAAAGAGGCCACUGUGGCUUUGUUCAUGACUGAUUUGGUCAGGAAUAGCUUUUUAUUCAUCUGACUGAUGGAGGUUUGUUGUCUUUUGGUUUAGCUGUGUCAUGUUUUGAAAGUGACAUGCACUGACUACUUUGAAACAUUCUUUGUUGUUCACAGAACUCUGUAGUGAAAUCCAUUUGAAUUUCACAAGGGAACUUUCUUUUGAACUGAAGACACACAGAAUGCUUGCAGGGAGAAGCAUACUUUUUGUUUGUUUGUUUCUUUUUUUUUUGGCAAGGUUUUAUUUUGCUAUUUAAUUUCUAGUUCUUGUUUCAUCUACAGUCAUCCUAGGGCAGAGUUAAAUUACACUUGUAAUGUCGAACUGCCUGGUUAUGGAAACUCGUAAUGAGCACAUGCACGCCUCCCUAGAUUUCUUCAUUUUGUUCACAGUGGGGUGAAAUAAAGCUGCUCAGUUUUUAGUUUUCAAAACGUGUAAGAGAAUUAGCAUUUGAGCCAUGGUCUGACAUUUCUAAUGGACUUUUAGAAUAGCGGUUUUCGAUUUGAGUAAAAUAAAGUCUUUGGUUAACAUUACUUGAAGAGACUUUCACGUUUUGCUCAACAAUAUAAAUUGCACACAGUCAUACCUUAAGUUGCUAAAGUUGCUAAAGACUACAACUAGCAACUUACAUUAAGAAACGUAUGUUGUUGAUCAAAACGUGCAAGUCUCCUCGAGUAACGUUCAACUCUAAUAAAAAAAAACUAUUCCAAAAAACCACUGGAAAUUUCAGAGGGAACCCAUGGCGAAUUAGCCUUUUGGUUUGGCCUUCAAGUUGUCAUCAUGACUGAACAGCUCUAUAGAGAUCUUUUUUGUGCUAUUGAUUAAAAAAUGUAAUUGUUAAAUAAUGUAGCAGUGAUUUCACAGAAUGUGGGUUUAAACUAUUCUACAACAGAGGUACUGUGUAGGGGAUGAAUGUGGAGAAUCUGGUGGUGCGGGAUGUUGGAAAAUACACAUUUGGGGUAGUACUGAGGUUUUUAAUUUUGGUUGAGCUGAAAGUGAAUCUAACGAAGAAAUGUCCAGCUCAUAUUUCACACCAAUAAUAAUAUUUUGGAUUUUGAAAAUGAAGCAAAUUUUUAGGACCAUUAAGAAUUUUUUCUACCAUUUUCCAUAACAUUUAAGCACAUUUUAGCCCUAAAUUCUCAUUAAUUUAAUAUAGAAAAAAAAUCUCAUUGUCAUUACUAUAGUAUUGUAAUAAAAUGCCUGGGUUAAAUUUCACUCAAUCAUAUUUUGCAUGUAAAAAAAAAGAUUUUUUUUUUUCUUUUAUAAUUUUUUCUAGCAUUAUCCAAAUUCCAUAACCAUAAUUUGAAAAAGAAAAAUCUCAUUAAUGAAAAUGCUUGGGUCAUAAUUCACUCCAAUUAUAUUUUGCAUUAAGAAAAUAAAGCCUAUUUUUAGGACCAUUAAGUUGUUUUUUUUAAUUAUUUUCCAUGACAUUUAAGCAUAUUUGACCCCAAAUUCUUAUUACUGUAAUGUUAUAAACAAUCUCAAUUGUCUUUACGAUUGUUCAGUAAUGACAAUACCAGGUCAUAUUUCGCUCCAAUUUUAUUUAGCAUAAAGAAAAUAUAACCAAUUUUUAGGACCAUUAAGUUUUUCUACCAUUUUAAAUAACAUUUAAGUACAUUUUAACCCCAAAUUCAUUUUACCGUAAUGUGAAUUUUGUUUAAAUUGUCAUUACCGUAGUACAGCAAUGAAAAUCAUUCUGUCUUGACACAAAUUUUUUAUUUAAUCAGCAUAAAUUAAAUUCAGUACAACAACUAUGAUGUACAUUUACAAUUGUACUUUACAAAAUGUACUUAACAAUAAAAUACACUUUUUUUGUGUAUUACAGUAAUGAUUUUUUUUUUUUUUUU